UACACUUCUUAAUCGAAGAUGGCUUCGUCCACACCUAAAACCCUAAUGGAUUUCUUUCAACCUGCCAACAAACGCCUCAAACCUUCCCCUUCUUCCUCCUCUUUCCCGGCCGUCGCCGUCGCCGGUGGAUCCCGCGGUUUGGGUUCUGCAGCAAACUCGCCGCCUCGUUUAACCGUUACCAGUUCAGCCGCCGAUGACUCAUCUGGUUUAACACCUGAACAAGUCGCUCGCGCCGAGUUCAACAAGUUCGUCGCCAAAUCCAAGCGUAACCUCGCCGUCUGCUCCGAGAAGGUCACAAAAGCGAAAGCUGAGGGAAGAUGCUAUGUGCCGUUGAGUGAGCUUUUAGUGGAGGAAUCAUGGCUUAAAGCUCUUCCUGGUGAACUGCAUAAACCUUACGCCAAAACCCUUUCUGAGUUCCUUGAAAGUGAGAUUAUUGCUGACGGUAAAAGCCCUUUGAUAUAUCCACCGCAGCAUUUGGUUUUCAAUGCCCUUAAUACAACUCCUUUUGAUCGAGUCAAGGUUGUUAUUAUUGGACAGGAUCCUUACCAUGGACCUGGUCAAGCUAUGGGUUUGUCCUUCUCUGUGCCUGAAGGAGAAAAGCUUCCUUCUAGUCUUUUGAACAUAUUUAAGGAGCUUCAGAAAGAUGUUGGCUGUUCAAUCCCACGUCAUGGUAAUCUACAGAAAUGGGCUGUGCAGGGUGUGUUGCUGCUGAAUGCUGUUCUUACAGUAAGGAGUAAACAGCCUAAUUCGCAUGCGAAGAAAGGAUGGGAACAAUUCACUGAUGCUGUUAUUCAAAGCAUCUCACAGCAGAAGGAAGGUGUUGUUUUUCUCCUCUGGGGAAGAUACGCUCAAGAGAAAUCCAAGUUGAUAGAUGCGACUAAACAUCAUAUACUCACAGCAGCUCAUCCAUCUGGUUUGUCGGCACAUAGAGGCUUCUUCGACUGCAGACAUUUCUCUCGCGCAAACCAGAUAUUUGAGCAAAUUGGGAUUCCUCCCAUCGACUGGCAACUUUAACAUCUUAACCUUAGGCUUCAGGCC